AUGCCAUGGAGGCUUGCUUCAGUGCCUGGUCCCAGUUAUGGAAUAAAUUCUAGAAUGUUAACUUUAGUGGUGCAUCAUGGGGGCACAUGGUCAAAUAUUGAUGGGGAUAGAAAAUAUGAGGGUGGAACAAUAAAAGAUGGUAAAAGUAUUGUCAGUGAUAAAGAUGUACUGGAGAUGUUUGAUGAUAUGCGGUUAUGGGGUUAUAGUUGUGUGGAUGUGUAUGUUAGUGAUCCUUAUAUCCCUAAUGAGCAUGAAACUAGGGAGGCUGUUUAUGAGGAUGUUGCUAAUGAGGAUUAUGGUGAGGAUGAUGAUGGAUUCGAAGAUGAGGAAGAUCUAAAUAGCCUAAACAGUGAUGAUGAUGAGCCUAUUCCUAGGAGAAGUAGAAGGCAAUUUGUACCUAUUGAUGAAUGGGCUGAUUCAAAGUUUAGUGUUGGGUUGGAAUUUUCAAGUGUUGAACAGCUUAGAGAAGCUCUAAAGGAGCACUUCAUAAGCAAAGACAGAGAAUUCAAUUACCUCUUCAAUAAUCAUACAAAGUUAAAGGCUAUUUGUAAGGCCACUGGCUGUGGGUGGUCUUUGUAUGCUCGGGUCCUAAAGAGGGAUAAUUUGACAUUUCGGAUUAACACCUUGGUGGAUGAACACAACUAUGGGAUUAGGUUAAAUAGCAAGCUGGUGGAUGCACCUUGGUUGGAAAAACACUUCUUACCCCAAUUCAGAAUGAACCCAAACAUGCACUAUGCAAACUUCAAGGAACUCACUUCAAACAGUAAGUUUUCUCACACUAGUAGACACAUAUUUUAUGCUGCAAAGAAUAAGGCUCGGCUAAUGCUUGAGAGUUCUGUGGCUGAGCAAUAUGCGGUGCUUGAUGAUUAUUGCAAACAACUAAUGAAAUUGAUGCCAGGCAGUACUACCAUUAUUAAAAGCAAUAUGGUGGCUGAUAAGAGGGUGUUUGAGAGGGUCUACAUAUGCUUAAAAGCAUGUAAAGAUGGCUUUAAGUCUUGUAGGCCUUUGGUUGGCUUGGAUGGAUAUUUUUUAAAGGGGUAUUGCAAAGGGAUACUACUUGUAGUUGUUGGUAUUGAUGCUGAGAACUCUAUGUUCCCAAUUGCUUAUGCAAUAUGUGAAAAGGAAAACACUGAAACAUGGAUAUGGUUUCUGACUCUAUUGAAGGAGGAUUUGAGUGAGGUAGAUCAUAGAAAUUUUACAAUGAUCAGUGAUAGGCAGAAAGGCUUAUCAAAUGCCUUGUCCACUCUCUUUGAAGGUGCAGAGAUUAGAUUCUACGUGAGGCAUUUACAUUCUAACUUCAAGAAGGAGUUCCCCGGUCUAUUGCUAAAACAAAAAUUAUGGGCAUGUGCGCGAGCAUCAACACCUGAAGAAUUCAAGAGAAAGAUGGCUGAACUGAAGGGUGUUAAUGAGAAGGCCUUUGAUUGGCUAAUGAAGAAAAGUCCCUCUGAAUGGUCCAAAAGUCAUUUCAAGACCGAUGUUAAAUGA